AUGCCCCGUGCCUUCCUGGUCAGGAGUCGGCGUCCACAGCCACCCAACUGGGGCCACUUGCCUGACCAGCUCCGAGGAGAUGCCUAUAUCCCAGGUGGGUCCCUCACUGGGCCUGGAGGUAAGGGGCAGGGGAGACACAAGGCAUCAUCACGGCUUCUCUCCUCAGACUGCAGCAGCCUAGGGGGGCCACCAGCACACCAGCCUUCCAGCCUCAGGGACUCUUGGGCAGCGCCCACACAGGGCACCCUGGCCUCUGCCCCAAGAGGCCAAGGGACACUUGGCUGCCCGCUUUGUCCCAAGGCCUUCCCGUUGCAGCGCAUGCUGACGAGGCACCUCAAGUGCCACAGCCCAGCACGCCGCCACGUGUGCCGCUGUUGUGGCAAGGGCUUUCAUGAUGCCUUCGAUCUCAAGCGCCACAUGAGGACUCACACUGGGAUCCGGCCAUUCCGUUGCGGUGCGUGUGGGAAAGCAUUUACGCAGCGCUGCUCCCUCGAAGCUCAUCUCGCUAAGGUGCACGGGCAGCCAGCCAGCUACGCGUACCGUGAGCGCCGGGAGAAGCUGCACGUGUGCGAGGACUGCGGCUUCACCAGCUCCAGGCCUGACGCCUACGCACAGCACCGUGCCUUGCACCGCACCACCUGAGACAGUGUGCCAGCGUCCUCCCCACGAGGCAAAUAAACGCAGGCAACUCAUGUA